UAGUCUGUCUCUGAAAAUUCCAAUCAGGCAAACACACUUCUCAUUUCUCUGAUUUCCUUGUAAAAUCAACCAAGAAUCAAUCCAGUCAAAUCUCAAACCUCUACACACAACGAAUCGGCAAUGUAAGCAAUGCACGCAUACAAUAGGUUACCGGGAAGUGGACACAACUCCCCGUCGUCGCCGCCGUCGUCGCCGUCGUCUCUCCGCUCUCCUCGUCUCCGUCACGGCCGUUCUAAAGCUUUGAAUCGCUUCACUCAACCGCCUGUAACUCUACCGCAGCGCCUCUCUUUCUUAAUACUCUCUCUCUUGCUCAAACGACAAGGUCUCUUUUUGUUCGCUCCCUUGCUCUAUAUUUCCGCUAUGUUGUUUUUUAUGGGAACGGUGUCGUUUGAUGUCGUUCCUGUGAUCAAACACCGAUCGCCGCUUGGCUCGAUUUAUCGGAGUCCUCAGCUUUAUGCGAGGCUUAAAGCUGAGAUUCAUGCUGAUAAUUCUUCAAUGGAUGCGAUAUCAACGAUAUGGAAGCAUCCUAAAGGUGGUGAGUGGAGGCCAUGUACAAAGAAGUCUGCCGGAGGAUUACCUGAGUCCAACGGAUACAUAUAUGUUGAGGCGAAUGGUGGCUUAAAUCAGCAGAGGACAUCGGUUUGUAAUGCAGUUGCGGUCGCAGGGUAUCUUAAUGCAACACUUCUUAUUCCAAAUUUUCAUUUUCAUAGCAUUUGGAGAGACCCUAGCAAAUUCAAAGAAAUCUAUGAUGAAAGUUUUUUUAUUAGCAUGUUGAAAAAUGAUGUACGGGUAGUUGACACGAUACCGGGGUACCUAAUGGAGCGAUUCGACCGUAACAUGAGUAAUGUCCUCAAUUUCAAAGUAAAAGCUUGGGCACCUAUUCAAUACUACAAGGAUGUAGUUCUUCCUAGGCUACUUGAAGAAAAGGUUAUAAGGAUUUCCCCAUUUGCAAACCGUUUGUCAUUUGAUGCUCCCCCAGCAGUCCAACGGCUCAGAUGCUUGGCCAAUUAUGAAGCUUUAAGGUUUUCCAGUCCAAUAUUAAGCCUUGGUGAAUCUUUGGUUGCAAAAAUGAAAGAACGAAGUGCAAAUAAUAGUGGCAAGUAUAUUUCUGUCCAUCUUCGCUUUGAGGAGGAUAUGGUUGCUUUUUCUUGUUGUGUUUAUGGUGGUGGGGCGAAAGAAGAUGAAGACAUGAAGGCAGCUAGGGAAAGAGGUUGGAAGGGAAAGUUUACAAAACCAGGUCGAGUUAUCCAUCCUGGAGCAAACAGGCUAAAUGGAAAGUGUCCACUAACACCUUUAGAGGUUGGUUUGAUGCUUAGAGGAAUGGGGUUUGAUAAGAGUACAUCCAUAUACUUGGCAUCUGGGAAGAUUUAUGACUCGGAAAGACAUAUGGCUCCACUACUAGAGAUGUUUCCCCUUCUACAAACGAAAGAGAUGCUGGCAUCUGAAGAAGAACUUGCUCCAUUUCAGAACUUCUCUUCCAGGAUGGCGGCGAUAGACUACACUGUUUGUCUUCAUAGUGAAGUUUUUGUGACCACUCAAGGUGGAAACUUUCCACAUUUCCUUCUGGGCCAUAGGAGAUACUUGUAUGGUGGACACUCCAAGACAAUAAAACCCGACAAGCGAAAGUUGGCAUUACUUUUAGACAAUCCAAACAUUGGAUGGAAAAGCUUCAAGCGGCAAAUGCUGAGUAUGAGAGCUCAUAGUGAUUCCAAAGGAAUUGAAAUGAAGAGACCGGCAGACUCCAUAUACUCGUUCCCAUGUCCGAAUUGCAUGUGUCGUGUUAAUAAAACAGAAGAUUCCAGAUUGACAUUCGCGACAUGAGGGUUCUUGUUUCAUAAUUAUGUAUGCAUGUCAACCUUCAAUUUAGGGCCAAAUUCUUUAAUUUUUUCCCUCCAUUGGUUCUAGGGCAAAGACACCUAGGUUUUUGGAAACCUCAGCCGUAUAUUGUAAAACAAAGCAAAGUCGAUCAUUUUUAGUGAAGAGUGCAUCACUCCGGAAGAACCUGCAAGCAUUUCAAUGCGGGAAGAGUAAAGUGGGAAGUUCACAUCUGUCUCCCACAUAUGUCACAGCUACUGUAUCUAACAAGCUGUAUAGAUUGCACACUUUUAACCCAUGUUUUUGUACAUUAGUUGGUAUCAUUGUAUUUUAUUAGCAUUCCUUUUCUUGGGUUAAAUGGUUUGAUAAUUUUAAUGUAAUGGGAGAGUAGCAGUAGGAAAAUUUUAGCUGAACAAGCAAAGACUUUGUUUUCUCUUCUUGAUUAAAGGCUAAAUAUCCAGAUUUUUUUUUUCA